AUGAAUAGUCAACUUUUUUUUUUAUCAAUUGUAGCACUUGAGAAAAAAAAUGUCUGUAGAUUCGCCCUAAGUAAAGCUAAUGAAUUAAGUGGUAAUUUUGGAAAUGAUAAACUUUUCUAUGCUUACGAUGGUGUGAAGAAUUUAAUAACAAAUCAUCUUUUAAAUAUUGAUGAAUUUGUAAUUGAAAGAGAAAAAUUAGGUAUCCAAUACAAAAGUAUUUUCAAAAACGGUAGUGUUAGAAUUUUUUUUGAAAAAACCACCCGUUAUCACGAGAUUGAUCUUUCCGUCUAUGCUAGUUAUUUAAUUGUUACACAACAAGCAUUGAAUGACAAAAAUGCUGGAGGAGGUGGAUAUGUUCAAUUGAAUGGUGAGAAGUCAUUAACUGAAUCAUCAUCAUUUUUGAAAUAUGAAAAUUUAAGGAUAGGUCUUGGUAGAAUAAUAGUUGGUAGUUUUACAGAAAACAUCAAAUUUACAAAUAUUGAUGAACCAUGUUUUGUACUUUCUAUUAAUGCAUCUAAAAAUGUGUACUACAAAUCUGAGCUUCUUGACAAAAUUAUUAAAGAUGAAAUCUUUAGAAGAAAUGUACCACGCUUACUAAAAGAUUUUAACGCUGAAAUUAAUGACAGUAAUAUUAAAGGUGUCCAUUUUGAAACGGUGUAUAGAAAAAAUGGUGAUAUCAUUAAGUUUCGUCAUGAUCUUCAUAACCAUAGUACAAUAGAUACAAUUAUUGAUAUGAAAGAUGGUUCUCAAAAAUCUUUUGCUGAAUAUUUUCAAAAUAAAUUUAAUAUACAAUUAAAAUAUCCAGUAUGGCCACUUUUUGUUUAUAAAAUUCACGUUACUAAUUAA